AUGAUAAUUCAACUGACACAUAAGAUUGUUGCGUCAGGUUCAAGGGGGAAAAAGGUGAAACUUUUUAGUUUCGGUACUGAUGAUGUUUGGAGAAACAUUCAAAGUUUCCCUUUGGUUCCUCGCGAGUAUGGUGUAUAUAGUGAACUGGGUGUUAGUGACAGUGUUCAUGUUAGUGGCAGUCUUAAUUGGCUGGCCAUUCGAUAUCAGUCUUGUCAUGCUUUAUAUGAUUGCAAAGUUAUUCCAAUUGACCAAUUUGUGAUGGUUUCACUUGAUUUGAGUAAGGAGACAUAUAGUGAGUAUCAAAUCCUUUGUGGUGUUGAUGAAGCGCCACUGCUUGAGCCAAUUCUUGUUGUGUUGAUGGACUGUCUUUGUUUUUGUCAUGAUUUGCAUGGAACUGAUCUGGUUAUAUGGCGGAUGAAGAAAUUUGGAGUUGAAGAGUCUUGGACUCAGUUUAUCAAAGUUAGUUACCAGAGUUUUUCAUAUGAUUUUCCAAAAUUGAUCUUGUUCCCGUUGUGCCUUUCCCCGAAUGGCGAGACAUUGAUUUUCGGAUGGAAUGGUGGAGAUAAGCAAGCCAUUCUUUAUAAUUUGAGAGAUGAUAGAGCUGAGAAAACUACGAUUACCAAUGAAGUUGAGUGGUUUAGGUCCAAAGUUUAUGUUGAAAGCUUCGUUUCAACUAGUUGA